UCCUCAUCACCUCACUCGCCGUCCUCCGCACACACAUGGCAGACCCUCUCGCGAGUGUCCACCCGGUGCAGACCGUGGCCGAGACCCACCUGCGUGCGGUACGGCGGCAACAGACCCUUCAGUACCUCCGUGAGCUCACCGAGGAGGAGCAGCUGGAGCGCGAGCUCAUCACCGAGCUCCACCGGCUCAAGUCCUCGCUGGCAGAGUCUGUUCCGUUCCUCUCCAACCUCGCCGGCUGGUAUGCUGGUGCCUACCUCGUCGAUCUCCUCGUCACCGCCGUCCUCAAGCCGGCCUGGCUCACAUGACCCCCUCUGUACCUACACCUCCCUUUCUGCAUGCCCAAUCGCCAUCUCUUCUACAUGCAACAUGUCUCGCUACUAGUCUCCGCACCGCCGUUCACGCUGACUGCAGCUCGGACCAUGCCAAGGUCCCGAGGCGCCGAGGCGCCGAGGCGCCGAGACCUGAGACGCGGCUGCUCCUGCUCAGCCCAGCGUACCAUCGGACCACCAUGGCUACAACUCAUAUCAUUCGAGAUCCUUGCAUCUCAAUAUCCGUUUGUCGCCACCGGUGUAGUCGCCUCGUCGUAAAGCCGCC